UGAUUGGCGAUUAAAUAUCAUCAACAAUGGUGACGACAGGCACGACAGGGACGACUGCAACGGCUCAGGAAACCACUGCGAAAAGGAAACCUGUUUUUACGACGGUAGAUCAACUGAAACCUGGGACGAGCGGUCAUACCCUUACGGUGAAGGUCGUGAGUUCGAAGACAGUUUUACAGAAGGGACGGGCGGCUUCUCAGCAUCUUCGCGGCACUCGCAUCGCUGAGUGUGUUGUCGGUGAUGAUACCGGAACCAUUAUCUUCACUGCUCGCAACGAGCAAGUUGAUAUGAUGAAGCCAGGUACAACUGUUAUUCUGCGUAAUGCUAAGAUUGAUAUGUUUAAGGGGUCAAUGAGAUUGGCGGUUGACAAAUGGGGACGUGUUGAGAUCACUGAACCUGCUGAGUUUGUUGUUCUAGAGGACAACAAUCUGUCUCUAGUUGAGUAUGAACUGGUGAAUGUUGUGGAAGAGUGAUAUGAAUAUGAUCUUUAGUCAUUAAUAUUUUGUGAUCCAGAGAAGCCUCAAGCUUAAGAGGCCUUAAUAUGUUUUUUUUUAAUAAUUAUCAUUCCCUGUGCAUGAACUGUUACUGAGGUAAAGUUUUCUUGGGAAGAACAGUUUGAAGUUGGUAUACAAAAUCUUACUGAAACUAGUGAUGUUUUUU